AUGGUAAUAAAUGUCUGUGCUGCAGGUGUGGUGGAGGGGAACAUAGCUGCUGUCGAGGCCUACAAGUCGUCGGGCGGUGACAUCGCCCGUCAGAUGACUUCAGACGAGGUCCGUCUCCUGAACCGCGCCACUGCCUUCAACGAUGGCUUUACGCUAGUCCACCUGGCCAUCCGCUUCCAGAGACAGGACAUGUUGGCUAUCCUUCUCACUGAGGUGUCCCAGCAGGCAGCUAAGUGUAUCCCUGCCAUGGUGUGUGGCGAGCUGACAGAACAGAUCCGCAGGGAGAUCGCUGCCUCUCUGCACCAACGUAAAGGAGACUUCAACUGUUACUUCCUCUCUGACCUGGUGACCUUCACACUGCCCGCAGACAUCGAAGACCUGCCCACUGCAGUCCAGGAGAAGCUGUUUGAUGAGGUGUUAGAUCGAGAUGUACAGAAAGAGCUAGAGGAGGAGUCUCCCAUCAUCAACUGGUCCUUGGAGCUGGGUACCAGGCUGGACAGCAGACUGUAUGCCCUAUGGAACCGUACACAGGGAGACUGCCUGUUAGACUCAGUACUGCAGGCUACCUGGGGGAUAUACGACAAGGACUCUGUCCUCCGCAAGACCCUCCACGACAGCCUGCAUGACUGCUCUCACUGGUUCUACACACGGUGGAAGGAGUGGGAGUCGUGGUACUCUCAGAGCUUUGGUCUCCACUUCUCCCUCCGAGAGGAACAGUGGCAGGAGGACUGGGCCUUCAUACUCUCUCUGGCCAGCCAGCCUGGUGCCAGCCUGGAACAGACUCACAUCUUUGUUCUAGCGCACAUUCUUCGUCGACCAAUCAUCGUGUACGGAGUGAAGUAUUACAAGAGUUUCCGCGGAGAAACGUUAGGCUACACUCGUUUCCAAGGUGUGUACCUGCCCCUAUUGUGGGAGCAGAGCUUCUGUUGGAAGAGUCCCAUCGCCCUGGGUUACACACGUGGACACUUCUCUGCCCUGGUCGCCAUGGAGAACGACGGCUACGACAAUCGCGGCGCGGGCGCCAACCUCAACACUGACGACGACGUCACCGUAACCUUCCUGCCGCUGGUGGACAGCGAAAGAAAACUGCUGCACGUACAUUUUCUGUCUGCACAAGAGAUGGGUAACGAGGAGCAGCAGGAGAAGUUGUUGAGGGAGUGGUUGGACUGCUGUGUAACGGAGGGAGGCAUGUUGGCCGCAAUGCAGAAGUCGUCCCGUCGACGCAACCACCCUCUGGUCACACAAAUGGUGGAGAACUGGCUGGAUGGGUACCGACAGAUCUGUCCCUGCGCCUCUCUCUCCGACGGGGAGGAGGAGGAUGAAGAUGAGUGAAGGAGGGAAGGACACAGUGACAGACACAGGAGAGGGUGACAGAGGAGGAAUAUGGCGUCACUGGAUGGGACUCGAGACCACUAGCAUCCUUCUAUACAGUACCAUACGCCUCCUCACCUCAGAGAGGAUCGACGGUCUUCUGCGCUGCCCAUCCGAGGCUGUAUCCCAAAGCACAUAGGGUUCUGGUCAAAAAAGUAGUGCGCACUAUAUAGGGAAUAGGUUGCCAUUUGGGACGCAGAGGCGGAACGAUCAAUGGUCUUUCACUCUGCCGUCUCAGAAGCACUGAAGACAGGAGACUUGCUCUGGUUCUGAAAGAACUCUUGGAACACGUUCUAGAAUCUCCUCAACAAACCAUGACAACAACAAUGGGUGCGUUCGUAAAUUCACUCUGGAGAGCGUUGCCAGAUCGUAAAUUCACUCUGGAGAGCGUUGUCAGAUCGUAAAUUCACU